AUGGCCGAGCGCGGUUACAGUUUUUCUCUGACCACUUUCAGUCCUUCAGGUAAACUUAUACAGAUUGAUUAUGCGUUGGCUGUGGUACCUGCAGGAGCACCUUCUGUCGGAAUCAAAGCUGCAAAUGGUGUCGUUCUGGCAACUGGGAAAAAACUAAAAUCCAUAUUGUAUGAUGAGCAGAGGGUACAUAAAGUGGAAUCAAUCACCAAGCACAUAGGCUUGGUGUACAGCGGCAUGGGCCCGGAUUACAGAGUCCUAGUUCGCAGGGCUCGGAAACUUGACCAGCAGUAUUUCCUUGUGUAUGAGGAGCCUAUUCCAACAGCACAGCUAGUACAGAGAGUGGCAUCUGUUAUGCAGAAAUACACAUAGUCUGGUGGCGUACGUCCAUUUGGAGUCUCGUUAUUAGUUGCAGGUUGGGAUGAGGAUCGAGCAUAUUUAUUCCAGUCCGAUCCUUCUGGGGCAUAUUUUGCAUGGAAGGCCACAGCAAUGGGAAAGAAUUAUGUAAAUUGAAAGACUUUCCUU